AUAUUCGUUUCAAAGGGAGAAAUGUCAGCAGGGUACGCGGGCUGCGAACUGAUUGAUAUUAUUCCCGGUUAAGUUUCACUUUAAUAUUUACAAUGAACGUUACACAGAGUGAUACAUAUUUAAACAGAUUUCAAACAAAUAUGAAAAUAAAAGGUAGAGGAAGGCCAACGUUUACAGUGCCGCGCCGCCCAGCGCCUGUGAGCAGGAGCGCACAGGACACUCUGGUGCGUGCCCGACCGUCUUCCACGUCCACUGCGCCCAGGACGUCUACAUCCAAGUCCACCAGCGCAAACAGCGACAGGUUCAAGACUCCGCUGCAGAGACCCAGCACCUCGGACAGCAGUGGACCGCGCGGUCGAACCACGUCGUCCAGCGUCACCACUCCCAGGUCGACCACCACGGGCGAGGACGAGUCGUGCUGCAUCGUGGCGGUGUGCGAGGGGCGCGGCCACGCUCGGGGCGAAGUGGGCAUCGCUGCUGUGAACAUCCUGCACCCCAGCCUGGUGCUGUGCCAGAUCAGCGACAGCCAGAGCUACCACAACGUGCUCACCAAGAUGAACAUCUUCAACCCCGUGGAGAUCAUCGUGCCGAACACGUUCUGCGACGGGAUGCAGCCGUCCAAGCUGUUUGUGGUGCUGAGCGACUUCUACCAGUGCGUGACGCCCGUGCAGAGACGCCACUUCAACGACACAGCAGGGCUGCAGCACAUUCAGCGCAUCUGCGUGUCCGAGUACGCCUCUGUCGAGAUGCUCAUCACACCCAAGUCAGUGCCUGCUUUUAGCUGCAUAGUGUAGCUUAGGUAUCGUCUGGUAUUCAAACUGUUGAGUUGACUGCAUAGUUUUACUUAUCAUUUCAGAUAAGAAAUUUUUUUAAACCCCAGUUUAAUGUAAAAUCCAAUCCAUGUACAAAAUACUGACAAUAUUAUAUUUUUAGUUUAAACACUAGUUACUCACACGUUUUGGUUGUUAUAGGAUCCAUGUAAACUGUAUUUUAGGUCAGAAAAUUUACGAACGUGCAGCAACAUAUGUAAUGUAAUUACAAUUAAUGAUACUCUUGUUCCUUGAGAUACUAUGUUGUUUGUAGGUUAAAUGUGUGAUAUGUGUUAUAACAGAAUGCAAAUAUAUUAUUUAUGUGUUCAUUAGGGUGACACUUAAAUUUUGAAUUUCAUAUUUUUUGAGGCAUACUUCCUAAAAACUUUUGUAAUCACCCAAUAUACUCUAGAAAAAAAAUAUUAGCCCUUUUUAAGAACAUUAUAAUACUAUAAACUUGUUCAUACAAGUCGCGCAAAUACUGCGCUGUGACCUGUAACCAAAUAUUUUAAUAUGACAAUAUGGGAAACUGGCCAAUUAUCAUUGGCGAAGCGCGAGAAUUUACUGCAUUGCUUUCAAGUAGGGGUGGACGGGAUCCCGAAAUUCGGGAAAAUAA